AUGGCUACUUCUCACUUUUUAGGAAGAAAUAUCACUGUUGAAGAGUGGGAAUCUAUUCAAUUCCAGUUCAGGGUUGUUCCUGAACACAGGGUGCAAAUACCCUUUCUUGAUGCCUCUUUAUACAGUCCUCCCAAGGACAAAUUCAGGAUCCCAAUCGCCUUGUUCGAGGCAGGUCUGUGCUUGCCUACCACUGAUUUGUUCAACUUGAUCAUCCGAGAAUAUGGGUUUUCAGUAAGAGAGUUGACUCCUAUCGCUAUAAACAAGAUAGUCGACUUUGAACUCCUUUUCCGUGUCGUAGACCGCUUGCCGACCAUUCCUGCUUUCAAGCACUUCUUUAAUGCCUCAACUCAUUCUAGGACUCAAACCCUUUCUCGCCGAUGGGAAGUCCCUAUUCUUAUCCACGAUAACAAGUCUAAGAAGAACUGGCAAGAGAAGUUCUUAUAG